CCGAUCAGAGUCCUGGUGACUGGAGCUGCUGGGCAGAUUGCUUAUUCCCUGCUCUACAGCAUUGCCAAGGGAGAUGUCUUUGGCAAAGAACAGCCUCUCAUUCUUGUGCUGCUGGAUAUCACUCCCAUGAUGACUGUGUUGGAAGGUGUAGUGAUGGAGCUGCAGGACUGUGCUCUACCACUGCUGAGAGAGGUCAUUUCAACAGACAAGGAGGAAGUUGCUUUCAAAGAUCUUGACAUAGCAAUUCUGGUUGGCUCCAUGCCAAGAAGAGAGGGCAUGGAGAGAAAGGAUUUACUCAAGGCAAAUGUGAAAAUUUUCAAGUCUCAGGGUGCAGCCUUGGACAAGUAUGCUAAAAAGACUGUCAAGGUGGUGGUAGUUGGGAAUCCAGCUAAUACUAACUGCCUGAUUGCUUCCAAGUCUGCCCCCUCAAUACCAAAGGAAAACUUCAGCUGUUUAACUCGCCUGGAUCACAACAGGGCUAAAUCUCAGAUUGCCCUGAAACUUGGUGUGUCUGCUAAUGAUGUGAAGAAUGUCAUCAUCUGGGGGAACCACUCCUCCACUCAAUAUCCAGAUGUUAACCAUGCAAAGGUAAAUGUGAAAGGAAAGGAAGUUGGAGUUUAUGAAGCUAUAAAAGAUGACAGCUGGCUGAAGGGAGACUUUAUCCUGACUGUUCAGCAACGUGGAGCAGCUGUUAUCAAGGCCAGGAAGCUGUCCAGUGCCAUGUCAGCUGCCAAAGCUAUCUGUGAUCACGUGCGAGACAUCUGGUUUGGCACUCCUGCGGGGGAGUUUGUUUCCAUGGGAGUCAUUUCUGAUGGCAAUUCUUAUGGUGUCCCUGAAGAUUUGCUAUAUUCAUUCCCUGUUGUAAUUAAGGACAAGACCUGGAAGUUUGUUGAAGGUCUUCCUAUCAAUGACUUUUCUCGUGAGAAGAUGGAUCUGACUGCUAAAGAGCUAACUGAAGAGAAGGAGACUGCUGUGGAGUUCCUUUCUAGUGCAUGACUAUAUGAUGGUGAAUUAGAAGAUCAGUCAAGAGUGGAAGAAUCUAAAAGUCGUCUCUAAGUCGCUACCAAACACUAUUAUUGUAUUCAAGUCAACUGUCUGUGACAACUGUGCAUUUUAAAGUUCAUAUGCUUACUGGUACUGCUGUGCCUGUUGAGUUAUUAGCAAUGAGAAUGUUAAUAAGUAAAACUAGUUUGUUGACCAAA